GAUUGACCAUCAUUUCCAAAGGGGAAAUGAUACGAUUAUCCCAAUCGAUUCUGAAAUUCGAUGAGCAUAAAUGGAUUCACAAGACUCGGCUGAGUUUACUAAUACUACACAGCCUGCUAGUUACCCCAUGCCCUCAAUGAACAUGAACCAAUAUAAUCCUUCAUCCAAUUACACCAUGUCAUUUCACGGUGCGAACCAAUUCAACCCAUCUUCUGCCUACUCUAUCUCACCUCGCAAUAUGAACCAAUUUACGCCACCCAUCUAUCAUGUCUCCUACCAAGAACUGCUCAAUACACCCAUAGUGACCUCUCAAAGUUGUGAGCCCAUCAAGGCAUCAAAAAAGAGAGCUAAAAAUGCCCAAAACUCUAAUACUUCUCAAUCUUCUACUCCCCAGCCUUCCAUUAUUAAAAAAGAUUGGUCUAUUGAAGAGGAGGUUGCACUGACAGAGGCCUGGCUUCAUAUAUCUGUGGAUGCUGAUGUAGGAAAUAAUCAGAAGUGCUGCCAUGUGGAAUCGCGUCCUAGAAG